AUGCAAGCUCUUCCGAUUCUCAAACUCCCGAUCAUCGUUUUGAUAAAGAUUCUGAGAACAAUCUAUAUUGACACAGUAUUACCCAUCUCAUUAUGUUCCCGUAAAGUGUACCACCUUGUUAAGAACUUUCGAGAUAAAUCAGUUACUCUCAGAUUCGAAAUUUACGGAGAAAGUUCGAGUGUAGGGGUAGUGACACCAGACCGUUUCUACCACAAAGUUGAAGUUUUAUCUAAAAAAAAAGAAAAGUCUAGAAAUCUCGAACGAGUGAAAAUCAAUGGUCAUGUGGUACCCAUUGAUCGUUCUAGAAAACACUGUGGCUGGGAAACCUAUUGGGAUGACAAAGUGGAAGGACUACAAUCAGUAAUGGAGUAUAUAUCGGAUCUAUUUGGAAUUAAAAAUGUGACUACAAUUACAGUAUCCCCGGAUACAAUGAGACUCCUGGAUGUUCUUAAGGAGAGACAAGGGAAUGAUUAUGAACUCUUUCAAUCCCAUCAAUUAAGUGAAAAAGAAUCUCAUUUCAUUUUGGAGAAUCACCCUGCAAAAGUAUUAAGAAUCGGUGGAUUGUCUCCCAACUUUCCGAUUGGAAAAUACUUGAAAUCAAUCGACUCACUAAUUGUUUACUCGAAAUUAUCGAUUAACCUUGAUGAUCUACUUAACAUGAACUGUGUGGAGCUAGUUUUAAUUUACAAUCAUUUCACUGGCGCUGAAAUCAAGCGACUCCUCCAACAUUGGGCUAUCGGAGGGUUCCGACGACUGAAACACUUCCGAUUAAAUGUAAAAGACUUUAAUAUGGAAGACGUACUUGGAGAGUUAACUCACACUCGGAUGUCGGAGAAGAGAGAGUCAAUUAUUUUCAAAUCAAAUACUGUCCCUCCAUCUACUUUCAGUGAUCGAGAUCGUCUCAUUACUCGGAAUGAUGGUGUCGUCGCUUUUUUUCAAUAUGAUCAGAUAUUCAACGAAGUUCUAUUUGGUGUCUGGCCGGAUUCGGAGGGAAAUGAAUACUAA